AUGGUGAUGGUGAUCAUGGUGUUGAAGACAGACAUGAAGUCCACAAAGAGUGUAUGGGCUGAUAUUGAUGCUUUAUGUGUGGCUCCACGUCAUGUCGAGAGAAUUGACUUUUUCCAAUCUUUUUUUGAGAAAUUGAAACUACAUGAAGAGAUUAAAGAUCUCAGAGCUGUUGAAGAUGCUUUUGUUCCAGUGAUAAAAUUCAAAUUUGAUGGGAUUGAGAUCGACCUGCUUUUUGCCAGACUGGCCCUCCAGUCCAUCCCAGACAACCUGGAUCUGAGGGGGGACUGCAUCCUAAAGAAUCUGGACAUCCGGUGCAUCCGCAGCCUUAACGAUGGCACUCUAGGAGAACAAAUGGCAGAGCAAAUGAUGGUUUUGGCGGAGAAUGUGUGUAAGGUGAACCCAUCUGACAGGUACCACCUGAUGCCCAUCAUCACACCUGCCUAUCCCCAGCAAAACUCCACUUACAACGUCUCCACGUCAACACGCACCAUCAUGACCGAGGAGUUCAAACACGGUCUCAGCAUCACAGAUGAGAUUCUUCAGGGCAAAGCAGAAUGGUCCAAACUCUUUGAGCCACCCAACUUCUUCCAGAAGUACAAGUGA